AUGACAAUAAUGAUUUACAGGGCUGGUCCUCAGGUGGUGCUACUGCUGGUGAUUUUUUCCCUUUCCCUCUCCGGUCUUGUACUUCUUUACUUGAACUGUCCUCCGCUCAAUGCCAGUGAAAAGCAGUACCUACGGCUACCGCGGUGUUUGCAUGAGGCGAAGUUGCUCGGUCACGUGUUAGUAAAGUACCGAACUGACCAUUUCUACGUUGUUUACGGCGGCAUGUUCCUUACCUACAUAUUCCUGCAGUCAUUCGCCAUUCCCGGUUCCAUAUUUCUGAGCGUUCUGUCCGGUUAUUUAUUUUCAUUUCUGAGCGCUCUCCUGCUUAUUUGUACGGUAAGACAAGGCGAUGACGACUUGGCCAUUUUCUUUACUUCAUGCGUCAUGCUCAUUUAG